AUGUCUGCACGACCAACGACGCCGAUGUCUCCAAAGACCGCCAAGGUCAAAUCACCUCUCCCUGGCACACCGGUCUUUGGCUGCGAACACAUACAGCAGCUGUUCACCCGGUCCACGGAGGGCAUAACCCAGUGUGUCCACCACUACAAGAUGAUCCUCAAGAACAUCUUUGAGCAGACACCCGUUGUUCCGCAAACGUUCAAGAACUCCGACGGUCAGGUCAUGACAUCUCUCACAUCCAACUACCUCUGUCUACAAUGCUCCGCCAUUGUCAAUGAGGGCGAUCGUCUCAAGCACGGCACAAAGAAGCAGCAUCGCUUCUACGUCGACUCAAGGAGUGGUGCCCUCUACUGCCAGAUAUGUGAUGACCUAGUCUGGGACCCCACUCUCGAGGAGCUUCGAGUUCGCAAGAUGGGAACCGGGACUUUCUCCAACCGCAAAAGAAAGCACGAUGAGAUGUUCUCAGAUGGUGUAAAGGAUAGCACUGCAAGCAACCCAGGCUAUAUCUCCAACAACACCACCACUGCCUCUUGCAAGGCCAAUGGUCUGCGUGGAAUCUACAACGCCGGAGCAACAUGCUACCAGAACGUAGUGCUGCAGAGCUUCCUCCACAACCCCCUCCUGCGCAACUUCUACCUCAGCGACGGCCAUCAGAGCACUGAUUGCCAGCUGACAAACUGCCUCAGCUGUGCCAUGGACGACAUGUUCCAGGACUUCUAUGCUGUUGAGAAUACUAAUGGAUUCACGGCGGCUAGUAUUCUGUCUGGAUUCUGGAUCUCAGAGAAGAAGGCGUUUGAGAACCUGGUCACUACUAAGGAGCAGGACGCUCACGAGUUCUUCCAAUUCCUUGCUGAGGAGCUGCACGAGCGAAACGGAGAUGGUAAGCGUCCCGAGACUGGAAGCGAGCACAUGUGCAACUGCAUCAUCCACCAAACAUUCUACGGCAAGCUCCAGACUGGCACUACUUGCCAGAACUGCGGAGGCGUCACGAAUGCGGUCCAGUCAUUCCUGGAUCUCAGUCUCGGACUGGAGAACCUCUCCCACAAGAGAAAGAAGGGUGGCCAGAAGGUGCCCAGUCUGACUCUGCAGGAAUGCUUGGACGAGGAGUACGUCAAGUCAGACAAGUGCGAGUACCGGUGCCACAACUGCAGCUCAAUGCAGCAGGCGAAGAGAGCAACCAGCAUUAAGCGUCUGCCAAAUGUUCUCGCGAUACAACUCAAGCGAUUCGAGUACAAGCAGGGCCGCCAUGACCGCGCAUCGAAGAUCGAGACGGUGGUUAACUUUCCCCUUCAGCUCAACAUGCUGCCAUAUACUACGAGAGGUAGAGGCGCGGACCCCAAGGACGCCUUUGAGCUCGGAAGAUCUUGCACGUACGACCUCCUUAGCGUGGUUGUCCACGUCGGCGAGAUUGACACGGGCCACUACGUAUCAUACUGCCGCGUAGGCGACCAAUGGUUCAAGUUCAACGACCAUAAGGUCGAGAUGGCGACAAAAUCCGACGUCAUGAGCGCUCAACCCUAUCUGCUCUUCUACAUUAUUCGUUCACUUUCGUAA